AUGCUAGAUCUUCCACCAUACAUUCCACCCAUCAACCAUGCUUACAUCCAGGGACUUACAACAGCUGAAGUAACAGUAGAUGAUGCAGGUCCGCUGGAUGUAGUUGAUACUGAACGUGCGGUGGAGUCGGUGGGCAACAUCCGCACUGUGCUGGGGCUGUGCCGGGAGCGGCAGUUCCACGCGCAGUAUCUGCAGGAGCUGCAGGCCGCGCUGCGCACCGCCAAGCGGAACGUGCACCUGCGCGCCAUCACAUACUCGCUGUCGCGCGGCAUCGGCUUCUUCGCCUACGCCGCCGCCAUGGCGUUCGGCGGGCAGCUCGUCGCCAACGAGGGAAUGCCCUACGACAACGUCUUCAAGGUGUCACAGACUCUGAUCAUUGGCACUGGUAUGGUGGCGAAUAUACUCUCAUUCGCUCCCAACUUCCAGAAAGGAAUAGAGGCGGCCUCUAACGCGUUCCACCUGCUGGAGGGACAGCCUAGGAUCACAGACUCACCAAACGCCACGGACGAGAAGUGGGAUAGCCGCGGUGAGGUGCAGUAUUCGAGUCUGGAGUCCGCAUACCCUACCCGUGUGGGGAGCCUGGUGCUGCGUGGUCUGGACUUGGAUGUGCGGCCAGGCCAGACGGUGGCGCUGGUGGGCCCCUCUGGCGGCGGCAAGUCCACCUGCAUACAGCUGCUCGAGAGGUUCUACGACCCCACCGCUGGAGUCGUGAUAAACAGGGACAACAUACUCUGA